AGGUGGGUACCAAUUAUUCUAAUGAAAUAUGUAUUUAACAAAUGUUCACAAUAGACUUCCACCGUGUAGGGACUUCUCAUCAUGUAAAAAAAAUCAAACCUGCAAGUUUAUAAUUUGCACAAUUACUCUGGUGGUAAGAUGUCUUGUGAAUCUGCACAGAACAGAACUAAUGAAUGCUAAUGCAAAUUUUUUAUUUACUGCAGAUUUUGUAUUACCUCAUUUUAUUUUGUUAUAUACGAGUCGUCUAUUAUCAAAGGUGGCAAUCUGUGCAUUUGGACAAAAAAAUGUUAUUGGUAUGUCAAUACAGAUUGAUUUGAAUAUAAUCGUCUCCUUCAAAGAAUACGGUUCAAAACCUGCAUUAAAUAAAGGUUAAUACUUAACCUGUUAUUUAUCUAAGAUGUAGUUAAGAAGAGUUUUGUGACUGCCAAUGGAAUACAAAGUCAAUAAUUCGUUUUUCUGAUUUACCAAUAAUUGUCCAAAAGUCACAUUGCCGGCUUUGAUAAUAGUCGACUCAUAUAAGGUUGGGGAAAAGUUUCUUAACAUUUUUUAAGAAAAUUCACGACAUUUUUAAUAUAGUUUAUUUAUAUUUAACUAAUACCAUUUUACCAAAGCAGGUGGAAAUCUGAAGCUGCAAGGUCAGGACUAUACGGCGGAUGCAUUAACACCUCACAGCCAGGCUCUUAAUUUUUGCUGAUUGGCUAAAGAUGUGUGAGGUCUAGCAUUAUCAUGAUGAAAAAUUACACCUCUUCUCUUGAUUAAUUCCGGCCGCUUUCUCUCAACUUCUUGCUUUAAUCUCAUCAGUUGUUCACAGUACAGUUCAGAAUCGAUGGUCCAGCCUAGUGGUAACAGCUCAUAAUGAAUAAUGCCCUUCUAAUCCCUCCACACACAGCAUCACCUUGUUGCGAGUUAACCCGGGUUUCGCCACAGUCUGUGAAGCCUUACCGGCCUUUGACCACGACCUUUUUCGCACGUUCUUGUCGGACGUGAGCCACUUUUCAUCCCAGUUAUCAGCUUCUUCAAAAAUGGUUCGGUUUCAUUACGUCGUAAUAAAGAAUCACAAAUUAGUACACGGUUCAUUAGGUUUUUUUCAGUGAGCUCAUGAGGUAGGUACCCAAAUACCGAGCUUUUUUGUGUACCCAAUUUUUUUCAAAUGCGCCAAAACUGUUUUGUGGUCAAUUCCCCAGUUCUUUAGCUACGUCGUAACUACUGAUAUGCCGAUUUUGCUCCACUAAUUCAAAAAUGGCAUCCAUUUUAUCCGUAAUAGGGCGACCAGAGCGACGUGCAUCUUUGACAUCAAAAUUUCCGGAUUGAAAACGCUUAAACCAAAUUUGUGCUACUCUCACAGACACUGCACUAGGUCCAUAAACAUCGCAAAUUUUUUUCGCGGCUUGCGUUGCAUUUUUACCUUUUUUGUAGUAAAAUUUUAAAAGGUAUCGAAUUUCUUCAUUAGAUUCACUCAUCUUGACCAUAGCUUAUAAUCUAAGCUUACAAGUCUUAUGCCGACCACUGACGGCGCGCGCCGUCAAACAUUCAUUCGCAAACCUAGCGGCUGUGCAAAUGGGUUCGCAUACUCAAUUUGCGAACCCGUUUGCGCUUCCUCCUACACUUGUUUACGAAUGUCUCACGAAUUUCUCCUUUUUAAUUCGUCAAUAGAACAUUGAAGAGAAAAAGAGUCUUGAAUUCUUUCCCAGACAUCAUUAACAGCCAUGCUGUUUUUAUGGGAUUUCUUUUGAUGAAGAUACGCUACACAGUACAUGUCACGAACUAUGAAAAUGGCGAUAGGCGAUACGUCCGUUACCUUCGAAAUCGUCGGCGCAACUGGGCAAACGAAUGUGUGGGAGACUACGCGAAGGUUCGCGGUUCGCGCGCUUUGAUGUCUGUUAAAAAACCGACACAGCUUGGAAAACCACGAAUGCAGCGAAAACUUUGCAUAUUCAUUUGCAAAUGUCGUCCCACACUUGCGGUUUUGCGUAUUCGUGCGCAUGUGUGUGAGUGACCGGUGUUACAACUUAAUAUCAUAGAUUAUACACUUAAUAUGAUCUUGGCAGUACGAAAAAUAAAUAAAAAUCGCACAUUUUCCUAAUUUGAAUUUGGACUUGUCUUCUUUAAAAUGUAAGCUUUUAAUGAUACCAAAACCAGCCAGAUGCAAAUAGUAUAGCCAAAGAGAUUUUAUUAAAAGUGCAUACUAAAGAUAGUUAUUCGAGGCGAGGCCUUUUUACGCUACCAGGUUUUAAAACCGACGCGACGUACGGCGCCCUAGUACGAACAAAAAAUACUUGCAAGUAUGAAAGUAUGUUAUUAUGUGCUGAAGACGGAUGCUCAAAAAACUUGAACACUCACAUGAAAAUACUGCCUAUGAAAAUGAUUCAUAUCUUAAAAAGCAACACAACGGAUUUCUGAAAAAAAAAAUGCUUUGAACUUCAAAGUGUUUUUUUUUUAUGUUUUUGAAGUGAAACUUCUUUAGGCGCAUGAGGGUAAAAAUUUUACAGAACGUCACGCAGGUAUGCAACGGAAGUGACAUCAAACUACUAUUGAAAUUAAGUACUUGUUAUUGCUUAGAUGGGUGGACGAGCUCACAGCCCACCUGGCGUUAAGUGGUUACGAGAGCCCAUAGACAUCUACCACGUAAAUGCGCCACCCACCUUGAGAUAGAAGUUCUAAGGUCUCAGUAUAGUUACAACGGCUGCUCCAUUCUUCAAACCGAAACGCAUUACUGCUCCACGGCAGAAAUAGGCGGAGUGGUGGUACCUACCCGUGCGGACUCACAAGAGGUCCUACCACCAGUCAUUACGCAAAUUAUAAUUUUGCGGGUUUGAUUUUUAUUACACGAUGUUAUUCCUUUACUGUGAAAGUCAAUCGUGAACAUUUGUUAAGUACGUAUUUCAUUAGAAAAAUUGAUACCCGCCUGCUGUUAUACGAUUUUGCUACUUAUUCUUCAUGGAAUAGGGGUUGAAUUCCUAUACAAGUAUUUUCAAAUUUGAACACCGCGGCGUCUCAAGCAGUACGUAUACUGUCCAGUAUUUUUUUUAUUUUUUUUAUUGCUUAGAUGAAAAUGAAGAUAGAAAAAAAUAAUAAAAAAAGUAUACUUUCCAGUAUUUUAAAAACCUGUUUUAUGACCCUGGUAUUUUUCGGUAUUCGUAGCCCUGGUAUUCAAUUUUGCAAGCAUCUCUCAUCGCUGGUUCAUACAUACUAUAAUGCGAAAAUACUUUUCCCCAACCUAUUAUUUCGGAUGUACCUAUGUUAUAUCGCUUGUAUCAACGAAUUAGACCUGUUACCUUAGAAAAAAGUUGAUGUUAGUUAAAUGACGCUAAAGCCUUUCGAAGUAUGUAUACAAACCGGCGAUAUUUUCUCGCCUAUUCUAUUCUGCUGUAUAAAACUAUUUUUAUCAAGUCAUUUUUACAAAGUUUGUGGAUGUUCUCUUAAUUGUGCAUUUUCGCAAACACUGGUUACCUAAUGUCCCACUGUUUUACGCCAAAUGCAGUAUGCGAGCUCACAAAGCUCGGCCUGAGAGACUUUGUUAGUAUCUGACCUAGUAAGUAUUUCUCUGAAUCUGCCACUGGAAUCAGAUACCAUAUAGUUGUCAAAGUGGUUGGUGUUGGUAUGCUUUUCGCCCCCUUUGAGGAGGCAGUCUCCUCCCGGUGAUGGUCACGGGGUGACCUAAGGGGGUCGAUGCUGUGCCGCACGCUACCAUCACUCUAGCGUGCUGGCACCAGGCGGAUGGGACGACGAGUCAUCGGCAGCGGUACGCGAUGCGGUCCGUAUUGCAGACGUCGCUGAACAUACUCUGAAAGAGCAACCCAGUCAGCGGUGUAUUGCGUUACGACGACCGGGCAGGCUGGUUCUGACCCAGCGGGGUAUCCCGGAACACAAGCGGCGCUGCUCGGGUGGCUUGGUAGGGCCGACGUACCGCGAAGACCGGCGUCGUUGGUCGUUGACUAUCGCCUCGACGACUCGUCGGUCGGGCGUCCUAUGUAUGGGUGGCGUCGCGAUUCUGAGUGUGUUGACCGCUGGAACCCCCUGACUCUGACCGAGUUCUGACCUCAGGCUGAGAUUGGACCUAGGGUGUAAAAGCGCAGAGAAGUCGUUUAGUGCGGUAGCGCUCUAAAAAAAUCCUUGGGCCCGCGGUCUGCUCCCAACAUCUGCAGAUCGACAAGUCCCACAUACCCCGCACGCCCCCUAGGCGCGGGGACCUAGUCGGAGGUUUGGCCCCGUGCCCGAAAAAAAAGGGAGGUAUGUUAUUCGCUCGCCUUGCAGUUUGGCGGCUUAGUUGUAAAUUCUUCGAUCUUAUGUGUGAUCAUAAUUUGUGGUUUUUCAUUGAAUUAUAAAGAUUGCAAUAUAAUUACAAAGUGAAAACUUUCGUGAAACAAGAUGAGAUUGGAUGAAAUAAAGUUUCAGUAAAAUGUUGGUUUUUUACAGAGACUUUUGCAGCGGACUUUUUGAAAAAUCGAUAAAAGCUAGGUCCAGCGUCUUGAUUUCAUCGUCCCACAGUUAUGCACUUUCACAUAUGCUAAACAGUUAAUAAACCACUGUUAUUGUACAUUCAAAUCUGAUUAAUGACUAAAUUAAGAAAAUAAAACAGUUCACACACUUUCGCCUCUCAAGUUCUCGCCAAAAAGUACAAAACGAAGUAGAUUUAUCUGAAAAUUUAAUCAAUUGGGAUGAAAUUCAAUGAAAUCAAAUGUAAUGAAACGAGAUUAGAUGAGAAUUGAAAUAGUAUUCCAGCAAAAUGGUGGGAAUUUAUUCAGAUUCAGUGGAUUUUUUGAAAGAAUCCGAGAAGCCGCACAGAUGCAAAAUUUUUAAUCAGUCAUCUUUAUUAAAGGGCUAAAGAAAUAACUAGUCUUAGGUAGUUAGUUCAUUUCAUUGUAAGUUGUGAGACAAUUAGAAACAACAUCUAUUUCAUCACAUAAAAUUAGUUCAGCGCAAUCGGACAACUCUGAAUGAACAUUGACGGAGACUGCGCUACCGUGGAGAUUAUUGUGACUACAAUAAUUAUUGGGACUCCAAAGGAUUCUGUUUAAAGGAGAGUAAGCACCUAAAUUCGAACGAGCGCUCUUUCUUAUAAGCGUUAUAUAUUUCUUUGUUCUUAGUAAGUACUUAGGGGCUGAUAUUUUUAUCUGGGUUAAGAGAUUAGGUGUGUCCGUUAUUCCAUGAAUUAAUCAGGUGGAUACCCCCACUCUGAACAAAUAUUAAUAUAUUUUAUUAUGUAUUACUUACACAUUUUUGUCCACCUUGAGAUUUCAUCGUUCUUAUUACAUGUCUGUGCAAAAUCGACUUACUUAUGGUAAAUUGCUUAGGUAUUUCAAGUAAAGACUUUAAUUUCAUAGGCUUUUAUUAUUGUUUUUAAUAUUAAGGGAUCAUAUCUCUUAUAAGGAUUUGCACUCUUUGAUACGUACACGCGAGGCAUAUCUAAAAAUAGAAAACAGCAUGGAACUGAUAAUAUAAAUAUUUGCCAAACAAUAAAAUAACACUGCAUUGAUAAAUUUGAAUAAAAGUUCUAGACAAAAAAUUUAUGAAUAAACCAGAUUCUUACCAACAAAUUCAAAAAUAUUGUUAUAGACAACCCUACAAACCUGUACCUAUUUUUACUUAGUUCGUUUCCAUUUUACUUAUUCUCAUCCCAAUUGACCCCUUUUUCGUUGUUAUUUGUACUUUGUACUUGAAACGUCCCCAAUAUCCGCAAAAACAAUAGAUUUUUACAUGUAUUUUUAUUUUAUCAAAAACAUUAAAACCAAUAACAACUGAGACUUACCUUUAAUAUAUAUGAUGGUUCAAACACUAAAUAACGUUUAUAAAUCACAGUCGUCUAUUAUUAUCAGAUAAAUAAAAGAAAUCAAAGUUUCUAACCCUAAAAUAAUUACCACCGCAAGAAAUUAAUUUGAAAUACGAUUUUUUAUAAGUGAGCAGCUAUUAUCAUGCAUAUUCACAGUUGUUCUGUGAACUUUCAACGUUCUACUACAACGUUCACUACAAAAAAUAGAAGAUUUUGCAACGAUUAAAAAACUUAUAUUGAGCGUUCAAAGAUUUUCCUGGUUUUUUCUCCAUUCGCCUCUCAAUCCCUAAUCGCCCCAUUUAUCGGUACCUAUAGGUCUACGAUAUCUAAGGGUGCGUUCCACUAAGCGCCCACAACGAUCAAAAUACUCCUUUAGUCGUUCCAUUUAACGACCGCGGUCGUUGUGGUCAAGGCGAAAACGUCACUUAUGACGUCAUGACUUACGCUCACGCGAAGCCCACGACGACCCAUUUAAAAAGGUGGGCCGAAGUGAUCGUUGAGAAAAUUAGCGGCGUUUUCAAAAUUCAAAGCAUCAAAAAAUGGCGACCGGUAAGCUUACGUUAUUUUAUGCGGAAAGAGAUACUAUCUGGAGCAUUAGUGCGACCUCUUAGCAAAUAUCCAAGUGCCGAAAAGCCGCCGAAAAGACAUUUUAAUUACAUUUGAACGUAAAUUAAUUAAAUACACCACUAAUAUUAAAUAUAAAAGAUUAAAUUAUAAAUGUUUUCAAUAUGAAUCGAUUUAAACAAUAAUUAAAUAAGUUUAUUUUCAAGGCUUACAGAUUAUUACCUAACCUCUUAAAGCUUUUUAUUAACUCGCCGUUUGUAUUAUUUACCUCCACGCUCAAAACGCUCUAUAAAUCCAUUCCACUUGAGUUUGCGACAGUAACGCUCACAAGCAAGUGGAACGGGAAAAAUUGCGGUCGUGAGCGUGAUCGUUGUGAACGCUUAGUGGAACGCACCCUAAAUGUGAUUUCGUAGUUGAUAGUUCAUUCAUUCAUACUAUAUAGGUCUAUGUUCAUUCAUCAUUCAUCGCCAUCUGACGUUUGUUUUGAAACUUUUAAAAAGUAACGUAAAAUUAAGGUCUCAAAAAAUCCUACGACUGUGUUAGAAAUAAAGUGCGAAAGAUGGAUAAUCCUAUAAUGACUCCGAAUAAAAUACAAAGGCUGCUAAACUUAGCAGAAGAUAGGUCUUUCCAAAACGCACGUCUCAGAGAGAUGAGUGACGAUGAUAUGAAAAGGAUUGCUGCACAAAUAAUGGUCAACAAAUCAACUUUCAACUGCGAAUCUUCUUCUGGUAUUUUAGACUUGGAACGAGUUGAAGCCUUUGGUGAAUCAGUCUCUGAAAAUAUAUCCCUCAGUAAAUCGACAGCAUUCAAUCCCGGAGAAAUGACAGGGCGAUCAACUGGGGCAGAUGAAAUAAAUUCUAAAACGGCUCCAAUCAAUCGUCAUUCUGUCACACUAGAUAGCAUCACUAAUAAGAUGAACAGACAAACUCUGGAGGUCCAGGAUAUUAUGAGACACUCAAUUGCUUCAGAAUUCUCAUUUCAGUCCAAAAGGGAUUUAUCAGCUGAUGAAGAAUCUUUGAUACGAAGGGAAGCUCCGCUACCAAUACAGCAGACACAAGCUCAGUUUCCUGACAGUAUUUCAAUGGACAACUCUAACUUAUCAGUGGGAGCUUAUUUUAAAUACAGAUGUCCGGAUUUUGCUCGAAUGCUUGGCAAAACGGAUAGCCCUGAUAGAUCAGCGUUUCCGAGCGUCACUGAAGCUUCAACAAACGCUUCUUCAAAAAUAAUACCAAAGAAUUUAAAUACCAUUAUGGAUAACACCUUAGAUUCCGUGCCGGUUCGGCAGCCGCGCGAGACUAACAUUGAAAAACAGAGCACGAACAGAGCUGCGGCCAGCAAAACGAUUGAAAAAGCUUCUUUUAAAAUUCCAUUAUCCUGCGAUAAAAACAAAGAAGUGCCAUCUGCGGUUAAACUCCAGCAGCAACCGACGUACAACAUGCAGGGAUCCGUUACAUUGAACCCAGGAGCACAGGGCAGACACAAAGGCAUACAUUCUGCAAUGACUCCCACCGAUGUUCUGAUAAAGAACCUGCACGCCUCUUUGAAAUUAACUUCUGACGAAACUGAUGAGUUAACGGAGAAUUCUUUUAGUAUAUCCAAAAUAGCCGAUUAUCUAGGAGGAAAGCAUUCAAAUGUGAGUGUAAGUGAACUACUACAAAAUUAUAUGAAGAAACAACCGAAUAGAAAAUCACCACUGACAGAGCUGCAAAUGAAUAAACAAGAGAGCAAAUAUGACUCUGAACCAGUGACUCUCCUGAAAGAUACGAAAAAAGGCGAGACGGCCAGCUCUACAGCUUCAGUGAGUACAGUUAUCACUUUGGACAAUGUUCAACAAAUUCAGAAGCAAAUACCUGAAGUUAUAAUCACCAAUCACACUGUACACGAAAUGGAAAUGGAAGAUAUGAAAAAUAAAAGACUGACUAGAUCAAGAUCCCCGUCAAGCAAAAGCCAAUCUACGAUAAUCACUGUUCAAGAGAAAUCUAGUUUUAAAUCUGGGGACAGUCCUAUACAUCCAAACAAAGGAGAGCCUAGUACGUCACACGCUCCCUCCCCAAACAGUAAAUACAAAGAGUUAGAUAAGUCUGUAGAUUGGCACGAGGUAAUGCAACUGAAACUUUUGAAACGAGAGGCUUUGGCUAAAGAACAAUGGGCUGAGAUAACGACAUCACUUGUUCACGGAUUUGUAGGUGUCAGUUGUGCAAUAACCAUAACCAUAACAACAAAAACAGAAAAUUGGUUAACGGCCAAAUUCAAAUUUGAUGACCUACCCAAUGGAGGCAAGGACUUAAACAUCGAACUGCCAAGAUUACCGCUGCUUUUAUCGCCCGGAAAAUCGGAGCAGUUCACUUUACAUAUCACAUCGAACGUUGAAAUAGAGGCGACCCUACCGUUUACGAUUUAUCUAAAAGAUGCCGCCAUAGACAGCGAAGUCGAGCAGAAGGGAAAUGUUGAUAUUAAUAUUCAAAUGCCAGUCGUUCAAGCGGUGUCGUGUGACGGCAUGAACAUGAUCUCCUUUCAGCCGAUCCAAGAGAAAUGUUCUCUCGUGAAAUCGUUCGUUUUAGUCAGCGAAUCUCAAGUUGAUCUACAAUUGGACAUGUCUAUAGCGGAGGGCGAGAGUAUGUUUGCUAUAAAGAAUGUUCAAGAGAUAAAAAGGAGCGAUAUCAACAAGGUGUUAUUGGACCGCCAGGGGUCGAAUGAUGAGACACAAGGAAAAACUAAAACCAAAGGAAUGAAUAAGCAAUUAUUUAGACUAGCGAGUGGAAACGCAAUCAGAGUGACCAUCAAGUUUAUUGCACCUGUGCUCUCAGAAUUGAAAAUUGCUGAUCCAAUCGUGACGUUUAAUGGCGCGUUGCAUGUUAAUUUGAUCGGUGUCAAUACAGUUCUGAGGAGAGUUGAUUUAAUUGGAAUCGUGGGAACGGUUAAACUCGUCGUCAACGCACCAAAUAGACUGCAAUUAACCAAAGAGGCGAUCAGCAUAAAAGUACAAAAUGCCGGUUCAAUACCAGGAACGUGGAUAGCGAAGCUGAGAAGUGACUCUUCGGUAGAGAUUCCAUUUAAAGUCGCGCCGUCCAACUUCGAGUUGCAGCCUGGCGGUACGAAAACCGUUAAUUUGAACUACGACGGCGCUGAAGGUGUUGUCUGUAACGCAAAGUUAAUAUUCGAAGAAACAGCAUCCUUUCAUCAGACAUCAAUUGAAAUUUCUGGUGGAACAGAGAAGCCGAAAACGUUUCCGAUAAAAACGAAUUUCAACAUUAUGUCUUGGGUGCGAGGCGGCAGAAAAGAAUUGAGUUUAAAAAAUUCUUUAAAUAAAAGAAUACAAAUUCGUUGUCAAGUUUUCGGAGAAGGUUUUUCUGUGGAUCUACCGCGCGGCGAUAACAGGGGUAUCUAUAGUCUCACGUUUGGACCUAUGGAGUGUAGACCGUUGCCGAUAAUAUUCUCGCCCACCACCAACCACCCUCAAGCGGGGAUGUUAAAUUUAAUGUUAGACAAAAACAGUGAUUAUUCGAGAAAGGUGAAACUAUUUGCGUGUGCCAGUGGAGAGAAUAUGCGUUGGUCGGGCCUGGUCACAUAUGGUGACACCGCACUAGUGCGCGCCGUCACUAGGAUGCCAAUUAACUUGGAGCUUUACAACAAAUCAGCCAUGCCAACGUUUGUAUGUGCGCGAGUACAUUUUAAUUUACAAUACAUGUCAGUGUCAAAAACAGCUUCCUGGCUGGGCGACCGGUGCGUCGUGAAGCCACGUUCUCGACAUACGGUGUCGCUGCAGGUGGACUGGGCGCAAGUCGAGCGCAGAGCUCGGGACACCGCCACCGCUACGGCUCUGGCUACCGUCACUUUGCUCACUGGACAUGAGUACACCAGAAGAAGGAUACUGAGAGUACUGCGAAAUAAUACAAGUGAAGGUUUAGAUACCUCAAUUUUACCUGACCACUUGAAAGUACUGGCCGGCCAGUUCGAAGGUGAAGAUUCCAAUAUGGACAAUUUUUUGAAAGAAUUUGAAGAAUCGAAAGUUUCUUUGAAUGAACUGAUUGGGGGUCUGCAAGAGCUGACCGCGCAAAUAGAGCUACUGCAAGAUUUCCCUGAAGAAAAUACUAUUAUAAUUAGUGAUGAUACAGUUAUAGAACAUCACACGCUCUGCGAUUAAGAUCAUAAUUUUACAAAAUAAUGCCAUAAUAGUUUGUCAUAACAGUAUUUCCAGUACUUAACAUUAAAUUAGGAUAAUGAUGAAAUUUUGUAUAAGUUUUUUAAUUUUAAAAUAAAUUAUCAAUUCAUUUUACGUAAACAUGUUUAAUUUUGUGACUAUUUAAAUUUAUAAAAUUGAUUUUAAUGCAAUACGAUUCUCAACAUGUCCGUCCAUAAUAUAAAUAAUUUUUGUACGAGAAUUGCAUUCCUAGAAGUUACAAUGAUUCAAAAAAACAAUAAAAAUAUGUGUAUAUAAUUUUAUUUAUGAAUUACAAUUCAUUUUCAUUCGUU